UGAAGGCGCUGGCGGUGCUCAGCCUGCUGGCGGGCGCCCUGGCGCUGGCAGAGCUUCUGGGCGCGCCGGGGCCGGCUCCCGGCCUGGCCAAGGGGUCGCACCCGGUGCACUGCGUCCUCUUCCUGGCGCUGCUCGUGGUCACCAAUGUCCGAUCGUUGCAGGUGUCCCAGCUGCAGCAGGUCGGGCAGCUGGCGCUGUUCUUCAGCCUCACCUUCGCGCUGCUGUGCUGCCCUUUCGCGCUGGGCGGCCCCGCAAGGGGCUUGGCGGGAGCCGCCGCGGGCACCGCGGUGGCCGAGCAGGGAGUCUGGCAACUCCUUUUGGUCACCUUCGUGUCCUAUGCCUUGCUGCCCGUGCGCAGCCUACUGGCCAUCGGCUUCGGGCUGGUGGUGGCUGCCUCACACUUACUGGUCACAGCCGCCUUGGUCCCCGCCAAGCGCCCACGCCUCUGGAGGACGCUUGGUGCCAAUGCCCUGCUCUUUGUGGGUGUGAACAUGUAUGGUGUCUUCGUGCGGAUCCUGACUGAGCGCUCACAGAGGAAGGCCUUCUUGCAGGCUCGAAGCUGCAUUGAGGACCGGCUGCGGCUGGAGGAUGAGAACGAGAAGCAGGAGCGGCUGCUCAUGAGCCUCUUGCCCCGGAAUGUUGCCAUGGAGAUGAAGGAAGACUUCUUGAAGCCCCCUGAGAGGAUUUUCCACAAGAUUUACAUCCAGAGACAUGACAACGUGAGCAUCCUGUUUGCAGAUAUCGUGGGCUUCACAGGUCUGGCAUCCCAGUGCACAGCUCAGGAGCUGGUGAAACUGCUCAACGAGCUCUUUGGCAAGUUCGAUGAGUUAGCUACGGAGAACCACUGUCGCCGCAUCAAGAUCCUUGGAGACUGCUACUACUGCGUAUCUGGCCUCACCCAGCCCAAGGCCGACCAUGCUCACUGCUGCGUGGAGAUGGGCCUUGACAUGAUUGAUACCAUCACAUCUGUGGCUGAGGCUACCGAGGUAGACCUGAACAUGCGUGUGGGUCUGCACACCGGCAGGGUCCUCUGCGGAGUCCUGGGCCUGCGCAAGUGGCAGUACGAUGUGUGGUCCAAUGACGUGACUCUGGCCAACGUCAUGGAAGCUGCUGGACUGCCAGGGAAGGUUCACAUCACAAAGACGACACUUGCAUGUUUGAAUGGUGACUACGAGGUCGAGCCAGGUCACGGACAUGAGAGAAACAGCUUCCUGAAAACUCACAACAUCGAGACCUUCUUUAUUGUGCCAUCCCAUCGGAGGAAGAUAUUUCCAGGCUUGAUUCUCUCAGAUAUAAAGCCAGCCAAGAGGAUGAAGUUCAAGACUGUCUGCUACCUGCUGGUGCAGCUCAUGCACUGCCGGAAGAUGUUCAAGGCUGAGAUCCCCUUCUCUAAUGUGAUGACCUGCGAGGAUGAUGACAAGCGGAGAGCAUUGAGAACAGCCUCAGAAAAACUCAGAAACCGCUCGUCUUUUUCUACAAACGUGGUCUACACCACUCCAGGCACACGUGUCAACAGGUAUAUCAGCCGCCUUCUUGAAGCCCGCCAGCCAGAGCUGGAGAUGGCUGAUCUGAACUUCUUUACCCUGAAGUACAAACAUGUUGAACGGGAGCAAAAAUACCACCAGCUUCAGGAUGAGUACUUCACCAGUGCUGUCGUCCUCGCCCUCAUCCUGGCUGCCUUAUUUGGGCUUGUCUACCUUCUGAUAAUCCCACAGAGUGUGGCUGUCCUGCUCCUGCUGGUGUUCUCUAUCUGCUUUCUGGUGGCCUGUGUCCUGUACCUGCACAUCACACGGGUCCAGUGUUUCCCAGGGUGCCUGACGAUCCAGAUCCGCACCAUCUUGUGCAUAUUCAUAGUGGUCUUAAUCUACUCAGUAGCUCAAGGAUGUGUGGUGGGCUGCCUGCCCUGGGCCUGGAGCUCUCAGUCCAACAGUUCCCUGGUGGUCCUUGCGGCUGGUGGCCGGCGCACUGUGCUGCCUGCCCUGCCCUGUGAGUCUGCACACCAUGCCCUGCUCUGCUGCCUGGUGGGCACCCUCCCACUAGCCAUAUUCCUGCGGGUGUCCUCCUUGCCAAAGAUGAUCCUGCUGUCUGGGCUGACCACAUCCUACAUCCUCAUCCUGGAGCUCAGUGGUUACACCAAGGCUGGGGGUGGUGCCCUCUCUGGGCGCAGUUAUGAGCCAAUCAUGGCUAUCCUGCUGUUCUCAUGCACACUGGCCCUGCACGCCAGGCAAGUGGAUGUCAGACUGCGGCUGGACUACCUCUGGGCAGCACAGGCAGAAGAGGAGCGUGAUGACAUGGAGAGGGUGAAGCUGGACAACAAGAGGAUCCUCUUCAACCUCCUGCCAGCCCAUGUGGCACAGCACUUCCUCAUGUCCAAUCCCAGGAACAUGGACCUCUACUAUCAGUCCUACUCCCAGGUGGGUGUCAUGUUUGCCUCCAUUCCCAACUUCAAUGACUUCUACAUUGAGCUUGAUGGCAACAACAUGGGAGUAGAAUGUCUGCGGCUCCUCAACGAGAUCAUUGCUGACUUCGAUGAGCUCAUGGACAAGGACUUUUACAAGGACCUAGAGAAGAUCAAGACCAUCGGGAGCACCUACAUGGCUGCAGUGGGGCUGGCGCCCACAGCAGGAGCCAGGGCGAGGAAGUCCAUCUCUUCCCACCUGAGCACACUGGCUGACUUUGCCAUUGACAUGUUUGAUGUCCUGGAUGAAAUCAACUACCAAUCAUACAACGACUUUGUUCUCCGAGUUGGCAUCAACGUUGGCCCUGUGGUGGCUGGAGUGAUUGGCGCUCGAAGACCCCAAUAUGACAUCUGGGGAAAUACAGUCAAUGUGGCCAGUCGGAUGGACAGCACUGGGGUCCAGGGCAGAAUCCAGGUGACUGAGGAGGUCCACCGGCUGCUGAGGAGGUGCUCUUACCAGUUUGUAUGCCGAGGCAAAGUCAGCGUCAAGGGCAAGGGAGAGAUGCUAACAUACUUUCUAGAAGGCAGGACUGAUGGAAACAGCACCCACAGCAGGUCUCUUCGCUUGGAGCGGAGGAUGUGUCCAUAUGGGAGAGGAGGAGGCCAGGCCAGGCGGCCCCCAUUAUGUCCUGCAGCUGGACCCCCGAUCAGACGUGGGCUCCCCCCAGCCCCCACAGGCCAGUAUCUACCAUCCACAGCAGCAGGGAAAGAAGCCUAGCGGAGCCCAUGGGCCACCAGAGAUGCAUGCAGGGCAAGAAUGCUCCAAGGUAACACAGGCCACCAUGGCUCCAGCCAGGACCAGCCAGAGCAGCAGUUGCUAAGUGGCUGGGCUGGAGAGGGAGCAUUGUCCAGAUAUGGCCCGAGAGCCAAUGGGAGAUAUGCCCAAGCCACCCCCUUGGGGAUAUAGGGAACCUUGUCUCUUCCUAGUGGACCUGGCCAUAUAUGGCUAGUGUUGGCAAUGGCAUUGGGACCUUGGAAUUAUCUGCCAGGGUCAUAGCAAGGGCUGUGGAGGUUCAGCUGGCAGAACAACAGAGGAGCCCACCAUGACUGAGUACCAAGUCAACCUGGCUGUGGUAGGCCCUCGCUAAUGGGUGGCUCCAGCCCUGGGAAGGCAGCUUCAAGUGCCAGAUGAGGAGGUUGGUCCUGCUGGGCAGGGCCAUGAGAGCUGGGUUGUUCAUGCCACAGGCACAACACAGAGCUGGUCAGGCCUUGAACAGGAUAGUAUGGGAAGAAAUGAAAAGCCACCUCUCGCUGCAUGACGAGUGAGGCUGCUGACUUUCUUCAAGACCGGCUUUUGCUAAGAGCCAGAGGCGGGCCUUCUGGAAUCCACAGGAGGAUGUGUAGGCCCACCUCUAUCCUCCUGACCUGUGCAUCCUCCCCCAGCCCCAGCUGCCUGCUGGCUUUCAGCUCCUGUGACAGCUGGACCCUCCUUUAUCUGUGUGAACUCUAUUCAUUCAGAGAAGAGGGGUGUAUGCUGUUUUGCCUUCUCUGUGGUGUCUUGAAUACUGUAAGUUUAACAAGAAUCAAGCCUUCAUUUAUGCUGAGUGAUUGACCCGUCAUACCUACAAAGCAGGUUUCCUUGCUAGAAGACAUCAUUUCUCUGGGAGUUAACAGAGUGUGCGGUCCCAAUUCCAGUUGCCUCUUCUCCAGAGUGCAGGAAAAGAGACUGUAGUUGAUUCUCUUGACACCUGCGACCUCCCACUUCUGCAUCCCAAUGACUGCAGCUGGAUGAAGACUGUGAAUGUUGUGGGAUAGGAGUCUGUGAAAGCUGCUGGGAAAGAACUAGCCCGAAUAGCUAGAUGAAACAGAUGAAGCCUGGUUCCUGGAGAUGCUCAGCCUCACUCACAGGAAGGGAGGCAGCUUGGGCAUGCAGAUGGGCAUGACCUCUGCCAGCCUGCUCAUAGCUGUCGAGGUUCAUCUCCUCACUGCCCCUCAAGGGCUCUUCCCCUUCCUGGUGUCCCAGCUUUUUAGAAUAGGACAGACUUCCCUGGAAGGGUGCAUAAGUGGCAUCCCCGGUCCCUGACUCAGUUCUGGCUCAACUCUAAGGCUGAGACCAUGGUAACUUUACAGGUCUGUCAGCAUCCAUCCCUGGGAGACUCAGCUGAGUCUAGACUCAGGUCAUGUGUGGGUAGGAGGAAAGCUUUGGGUAGGGGAGAGCUGGAGACUUCAUGCAAAAUCUCCAAGUACCUGAGGCCAUAGUCUGUAGGUGCUUGGGCAGGACUGUGAUUGUACAUUCUCCUUUGUGGGCUGGACUGACAUUUUGUGACUGGUGGGCAGGAUGUCUCCUGGUACCUUCUGAAGAGGGAUUGUGACCUAUGCCCACCCUGCUUUGCUGCCUUCCUCAUGAGACCAAAUGCAUUCAGGGUGGUACGGUCAUAGUUUGCUGCUUCUCUGGCACCUUGCUCUGGCCAGAACUCAGAUUUGGAGCCAGACUAGCCUCAGAGCCCCACUGCAGAUGUCAGAGUUGGACAGCAGGUAGCUUCACCCUUCUCCUGGUCAUGUCUGGCUCCCGUGGCCUGGUAUUUUGGCAUCACUGUGUAGGUGAGUGAAGCUGAGGGCAGGGUAGAGGCUCCGGGGUGAGGCUUUGGAGCCUCUCCCACGGUCCACAUGAGCAUUGGAGAGUACAGCUCCAGGUUGUUGGAGGGCUUUUAAGGACAGGCAAGUCUCUCUGAUGACCCAGGGUCCAUAUGAGCCAGAACAGGGCCAAUGCCUAACUAGAGCACCCAACUACCCACCCUUUUAUGGCUCCUGCCUCCUCUCUGCUCCCGUGUUUUCCUAUCACUGGGGCAAAUGGCUCAUCCUCAUGGGCUUCUUUUCCACUAGGACUUUCUCACUUGUCUGUCUGUCCUAGCCUGAUUUGAAGCAGUCAGUUCAGACAGGAGCACCCUGAGAGAAUGAGUAUACUGUGGUCCUGACUCUGCAGGCUGUGGGGCUGCCUCUCUCCUGCUGGGCUGUGGUGCUGUCCCUGGACCUGUAGACCUUUAGGAAGGACAAAGAACUAGCACAGCCUAGACCUUGGGUUUCCUUAGAGUGAUUUCUGAGCUCCUAAAGCUACUGCCCACUUGGACUGUCCAGGUUAGGAACAGAGAAUUGGGUCCCAAAGAUGUCCACACUUUAGUCCCAGCCCCUGUGGGUGUGUCCUGUCCCAUAGCCAAGGAGCUUUACCGAGGGAAGUAGGGUAUGCACUGAAGGAUGAGAAAGGAUUCUACAAUAGGCUUGGUGCAGACUCAUGAUGCUCUGAAGUGAACAGAGGUACAGAAGGGCUGGGAGACGUGUGAAGCAUGCACAGGACUGAGUCCUCAUUGCUGACUUGAAGAUGAUGAUCCACAAGACCACAAUGCAGAAACUGAAUGUGAGGACAACCCAGCUCUAGCCAGCAAAGAAGCAGGGAUGUCACUCCGACAACCAGAAGGAACUGAAAUUAACCACAGCCUGAGUAAGUGGCAGACAGACGCAUCAAAGCCACCAGGGAGGAGGCCAGCCCAGUGAUGUCUGGUUAUGACCUGUGGGACUCUGAGCAGAGCCAGCCCCAGACUGUUGCUCUGUGUAAUCACAUGUGUGAAAAAUCAUGAGAUUAGAUGGAUGCAUGGGAAAAACCACCUAAGAUGUCCUCAGAGCAAGAGGAAGCCACCUUAUUGACAUUCCCUUCUCUGGGCAUAGAACCGUUCUGAAGUGGGCCACACAGGAGCCUUGGCUGGGUCUGUACUUCAGGGGUGACAUCUCCAUCAUCAGCAGUUCCAAACCCGCCCACUUCCUGUUCUGUCAGGAACCAUAUGCAGCCAUAAUGUUCCUUGGGGUUUGGUAAAAACAAAACAAAACAACUUCCUUUUUAUUUGUGAUAAAAAUGUAUUAUAUUGCCUUAUUUAUUUUUAAUCUUGUACAAUAUUUAUGUACAAAUGUUAGAGCCAUUUGAGUAGAAUUCUCUCUAAAUUAUUUAAGAUGCUCUGUAAAUAGUGCACCAGUUACAGGUGCUGCCUGUUGACUUGUACCAAAAAUGAGGAAAAGCCCAGCACCCAUGUCAGCCCCCACUUGUGAUGCUGUGGCCCCUGGGAAAUGACCCUGUGUGUUCCCUUCUCAGUCCUAGCAUGCCUCCCGUGCCUGACACUGUAGAGUAGGACACAGCCCCAGAAUGCUUCCAAAUGUUUCCAUGGGCCGUGCCAGCCCAGGCCAGUCCACUUCUGGAGUGUCCAUACCUACAGGUGGACGUCCACCCACACCCAGCAACCAAGUUGCCAGCCUGUUUUUCUCAGACUGCAAAGCCACAGGGCUUCCAGACCCAUUCUUUCAUAGAAGCAAUAACCAUAACUCUAUACUGUAGAGACAAGUCUGGCCCAAACAGAUUGGUGAUUCAGAAACUACCCAUGCAUGCAAGCUGUUUGUGAAGGAAUGUUAUUUGCAGCCACCAUCCCUCCCAGAAGGCCCAGCUCUAGUCCCUCAGUUCCUAGAUCCAAGCUUGGUACUCCAGACAGCUAAGCCAACCAAGCCAGCUGCAGUCCUGGACUUCACACUAUUGCUUACUAAUGGACAAAGGCAAGGGUACCCAUCUGAUCCCAAAUCUAUAACUCUCCUUGAAUUGCAAUGCUAGCCUCAUGUGACCAAGGGUGAUUAGUUUGUUUCAUCAGUUGGAGCAUUAAAGGGUAACAUUUCAAGGCUUGCCUGUGGAAAUGCCAUUUAAAGAAAAUGAUGGCACACUCAAGGUUAUGCAUCUCAUCUUUCACAGUGUUGUUUUGGGGUGGAAGAACUUUUGGGACAGAACACCUGUUUUCUAUGGGGGAGGAUGGAACCCCUUGAGGGUCUGGCAGGAAGGGCUGGGGAAACCUCUAUCCUGACUGUCAUAGAGGAUUCAUGCCUUGGGCUUGACUGGCAUAUGUGGGUAGCUGUAAGAUAUUCUGUGUUUUAUUUACCUGCAUUUGAAGGAAGCUGUGCUAUAGUCCUAACAGCAGCCUGUAGAGACUGGCUUGCUUUCAUGGGCUGCUAAGAGGACAGCAGUUUGGAUUGGGAAUCAAGGAGGUACAGAGGUUUCACUUGGUUCUUGCACCCUCUGCACAGUGGGUUCUGGGACUUCCCAAGUCCCAAGGUUCUUGUUCACAGCCUGUACAGGAUCUAUGUCCAAUGGAUAUGGAGGGUUUAUAGAGCAACCGUGCACAUAACAGUGGCAAGGAAAGGGCACACUUUACAGAUACUGUGCACCUAUCAGCCCUUCGUAUGAAGGGGUUAGCAAGAAGUGAUACUGAUAUUUACAUUCAGAAAAUGGCUGCAUAUAUAAAGUAACCCCCAGAACCUGACUUGUACAUGUUUUUUUAAUGGCUUCAACUUAAAAAUAUGUGUGUAUGUGUGCAUGCACGCACACAUGCACGCAUGCACACACACCAUUCUACCUUCUCAGAGGUGAUUGGAGUUUUUAAUAAAAAUGGUUUUGUGGAAUUGAUAAAGAACAAGUCUGGCAGCUUGGAUGUUGUGUGGGCUUUGAUCCCGCUUCCCUGGUUGUAGUUGGCUUUGAACUUUCACAUAGCAGGUUUAAACCAGAAGUUCCUUAUUUCCAUUUACAACUCUAGGCUUGGCAGUGAGUUGGUGGUAAAUAUGUGUGUGGUUUUAUUUCCAUGUGGAAUCUUGGGGUUGGUUUGUAUUCAUGGCUCCUUAUGCUGGGGUUUAGAGGAGCUGUAUGGGGUAGACUUAGAUGCAGGAGUCUGCUUGGAAAUGUGAUAGGACCCAGAGUUCAGCAGGCAGGAUUGGAGCCAUUCCCAGCUGGCCUGGGGGAUGGGUAGUUAAUCUCUGUCUCAGGCAGAAAGAGGUCUUGAACCAAGAACUGAGGCGCCUAAACUAUCUUGCAUAAGAACUAUUCUGAGCUCUUAGGCACCAGAGAGGAAAUGUGGUCAGAUGUUCACAGGAGACAGAAGGGUGUGGUGGACAUGGAUGUUCUCUGGCCUUCAGUGGCCCUGACCCCUCAUGGUGACUAUUUGGUUAACUGGUGCCAUAUGGGCUGAAAUCAGUGUCUCGGCUGAACUUAGCUAGAGGCACAGGGCCUAGAGCCCAGGAGCCUUUUUAGGAGAAGACUGAAGGUGUAAGACCAGGUCAUAGACACCCCCUUCUGGAGGGCAGGGUGGGGACAGAACUGAAGGAGAUACUCAAGAUGGCUCCUGUUGCUCACUGGAAAGCACACUUCUGCUAGUUUGAUUUACCAUAUGUGGAGUCAGAUGAUCUGGGGUGGUCAAGUCCUAUUACUGGCCAGUGACAGCUGCACACGGGCUCCUCCUACUUAGAAGCCACAGGCCCUGUGAUGCUUAGGGGCCCAAAGGUGAGGAGCAUGCAUUAGCAACUUCCUGGCUGUUUCCUCUCACAGGGUCAGCUACCCAGUGAGCACAACCCUGCAUAAACACAGGGAGCAGGCAGGUCUUGGUGCCCUCCAGGCUCUGCCUUCCCUCUAAGAACCCAGGGGACACCUUGGAGUAUUCAGAUUUCCUGCCUUGCCCUGCAAGUUCACACUGUAGUAAAUAAAAGCCAGGAAUAGGAUGUGAGAUUUGUCACUCUGUGGUCCAUUGCAUAAAUGCCACAGAUCCAAUUUCAGAUGCCACAUUCUGUCACUAAACGAUUGUCUAAGCAACAUGUCAGCAUGUCAUGACUAAGACGUUUGGUCUUUUUAAGUUUCAUUAACAUUUUAAUCCACUCUGUUACACAUAUACCAGAUCUGGCCACUCUUAAUUCAAAUCCAUGUGUGUGCCUAUGCACAUGUGUACCUGUCGUAUACAAUGUAAGCAAAAUAAAUAUUUCUUCCUGAGGUUAAGGUGAUUCAUAUAAGGGAUAAAAUUAAAGUUAAACAUAGACAGCUGACUGUCACUUGAGACAUUUGGCAUCCUAUAAACCAAGAUAGCACCUGACCUUGGGAUGUCCACACAUCCCUGAGUGACUGUCCACUAACAACUGCUGAGCUCUUUGAUUUCUCUUAUAAAAGAAUCUCUAUAAUAUUAGCACUCAGGUCCAGACAUAGACUUGUUGGUCUAUAAUAGACUCCAUUGGUCAUACUUCUUUUUGUCUGGUUGGUUUGGGGGUUUGGGCAUAUAGAGAACUUUGUAGUAAUCUCAAGAUAAGUGCCCUGAAACCAAGUGGUGACAGCCUCAGGCACCAUGAGCCCUUCCCUGCCCUCCAGGUUACAGGAGCUUUCUUGAGGGCCUUCCACCUUCCACCUGAGGGUACCAGCUGCUGUCUGUUUGGGUGGUGCAGCCACAAGAGCAAGAGUCAGGCGGCCAUUUGGGUUGUGGUUUAUAACUGACUGGACAAAUACCUUAAAAUUCAGAAAACUGACCACAGUAACUACUAUCUAGCCUGCUGUCAUGUUCUCUGUCCUGACAGAUGUUAGUCAUUUUAAAUCUAAUUCCUUCAUCCUUUGUGAAUUUUCUGAGUUUUCUUCAGCAUGUCAGUAGAUGUGCUAUGUCCACAGUCCAUCACAGGGAGAGCAGUCACCAUUGUCCAGUUAGUUAACAGUCUCUUGGGCUCAUCGCUAUGAGGAUAAAUUGAGAAAAAUACUCAUUACUGGUUUUGGCUUUAUAGUCCCUAGGCACCUUCUGUGUGCUUCACCUCCCUCCAUCCCUCCAUCAGUCUGUGGAGGAAUUGGUAUAAUUCAACUCAUGCAGUCCAGCGACUGUGACCCAGGUGGGGUGGGGCUUGAGUAUAUCAUACAGACCUGACAGGCAGGGCCAGACCUCAGCUCCUGAUCUGUCCUAUCACAAGCCUUGUGUUUUCUAUUACAGUUAGGGUCUCUUUGCUAACAUUGACAUGUGUGAGAACUGGGGUGCUUUUGAUGGAGAAAACAAGCUUGUCCAUGCAACAGUACUUGCUUAGUGUGGUGCCAGAGGCCCUCACUAAGGCGGUCCUUUGUGGGCAAGGCUUGCUCUGUCCCCCGUACUUGGAGCCUUUGACCAAGUGUUCUAUGGCUCUCUAGUCCUUGGUUUCUUAUUGCUAAAUUAGAGCCAUAUAAUUUCUUUUGGAUUAAGUUGCAUUCCUCCUCUGACACUCAACAAGAAAGUCAAAUACCCACCUGCAACAGUUCCCACUGGGCAGUGUCAUACUUGAUAUUCUAAAACUUUUCAGAACACAAACUGUCAUUGUGUCUAAUAGAACCUUAAACAAGGACUAUUUUCUGAAAGGCCUGACAUCAAAUAGGGACAGAGAGCAGUGACACUCCCAUAGACCUCAAACCACACACACACACACACACACACACACACACUUUCUCCCAUUCACCUAGCCAGCCUGGCUCCAGUUGCUGAUCAGGAAUUCUAUGACCUUGGGGAAGGCUGUAGGUUGUGUUUGCUGUUACUGCACAUAUUUUCAACACCAUAGAGCCAUUACUGUGUCAUAUGCUACUGAUGGGCACAGCCUUUCCAGGGAUUAAAGGGUAUUUAGAGAGAUUUUCCCAGGAGAGUGCAGAAGGCAAGGAAGGGAUUACAAUAGAUGGUGAAACGUUUGGCAACCUUUCAAGUAAAGAUGCCCCAGCUGCCUUCUGGGUUCCCAAUGAUACCAGGCAGCAUAGACUUGAGAAAGCUGGUUUUCAAAUCAUUUCCAGCCACUUAUUGAUAGAAUCAAUGUUUCAAGAGAAGUGAUAUCCAAGACUAACUCCUAAGAGGCUUAUGAAAUCUCUUGGGCUUAAUAUACUCAUUGCAGGAUUGUCUCCAAGAACAGUUGCAGGUCACUAGAUUUGCCUGCAACUACUAGAUUUGUGGGCAACGACUUCCCAUGGCAUUGCAAUGGCAAGUUGACCCAACAGCAGCCAGAACUUGUUUUCUAUCUCCCACCAGCAACCUCUACUCGGCCCCAGGCAUAUGAAGCACAGGUGUCAGGGGACUGCUCCCAUAUUGUGGGGAUCCCAAGGAAACCCCUCUUGCUUACACCGGCAGUAUGGGCACAACUGGCCACCAAGAGCACACAUGCCUGAGGAGGAGGGGCCUGCUCUGUUGCCUUCAUCCCUGUUAAAACUGAGUAUAUGCAAGCCAUUUGCACUCUAGAACCGCAUGCCAUGAAAUUCCUAAUCGUGUGCACCUUAGUUUGAAUUUGAAAUUGUGCAGCAUGCUCAAAGGGACGGGCUUAGACUUGCUGGAGGCAGAGCAUCCCCUAAGCCAGUGCCAGAUCUUGUGGAGCCUGAGCUUCGAGUGGCUCCAGCACUUACUGUCCACUGCCUCCUUUUAGCCCACACUCCUUUUCCUACCAGCCUCUCAGUUAUGCUAAUUGCUCACCAAUUUGCACAAAUGGGGAAUGUCAUUAUACUCACACGACUAUGUCUUAGCAGUAAUUCCAUCUUGAUUUAAGGUAAGCCCAAGCCCACUUCUGGAUUUUCUUACUAAGGAAAAGGCCUGUAAAGCACCUGUGUUGUGUUUAUCAAGAAAGCGUUGAGUCCCUUAGUGGGAUGGAGGGUGCAUGGGCGAAGGGGUCAUUUUCUCCCACAAGCUUAACUCACCAGAGGCUACUGUAGCUGUGAGAACACAAUGAUCAUAUUCAGAAUCACAAUAACUCAAUCUCACUGGGUAACCUCUCACGAUAGAUUUGUAUAAUCAAUACGGGUCUAUUUUUAUGUCAACUGAACACUGUAGAGCACCUUCCAGUCUUUUUCAAGAUUGUUAAAUUGAGAAAAGUAAUUGAAUAAUUUGUCCUAUUUUUAUUUUAAAAGUGAAUGGACUGAAAUGUUAAUGUGAAUGUACAUUUCUUAACUGCAACUUUUCUACUGAGUGUUUGCACUAUUACACUUUCUGGAGUCUUAUUUAACAAAAAUAAAGGAAAAAAUUGCUUGACUAAA